UUUUAUUAAUCAUGUACCUCUCUUAAAAAACUUAAUUACGAUUAGCUAACUUAAUUACUACUAUUGCUGAAGGGGAGAAGAAAACUGAAAUUUAUAGACAAGUCCUAGCUGAACAAAGUUUGUUUGAACCCUACACGGCAUUCAAAAGAUUAGAUUAAUAGAAAGCUGGCGAAUUAACUAUUUCUGAUUUGGGUUAUUUUUUAAAUGAGAACAAAAUAAAUGCUUCUGUUGCUUAAGCUGAUUAUUUAUUUAGGAAAUUAGAUUAGAACAGAGAUGGUAGAAUCACAUAUCCAGAGUAAGCUAAUGAUUAUAAAAGUAUAGCUUUGUUAUGUUCAUCCUACCUAAAGAGGAUUCUAGGCUGAGGCAUAUUGUAUCACAAAGAGAGCACUACUCUAUUAAAACUAAUAUAUUUUUACCAGCUGAAGUCGAAUGGGGACUUUCUAAAGUUCUCCACUAAGAAAUCUAAAAUUAUAAGUAUUUUUCGUCCUUUUUAGAUUAGUUCAAUUUCAGCUGCGUAGGAAAUUUUGACUGGAAGUGCUGAUUUCACAUCUCUUGAUGCUUUCAGAUGCAUUGAUCAAGUAUAAUUAGGAUAUAUUACAAUUGAAACGUAGGAUAAUUUAUAUUACUUUUUAGACUUUAAGAUUUCUUGAGAUAAAAUGGAGUUAGGUUGUCCUUUGAUGAUUUACUUGCUUUUUUCAGAGUAGUUGAUCAAGAUGCUGAUGGAAAGAUCAAUUAUUCUGAAUUAUUAGAAGCAAUUACUUUUACACCAGAUUAUUUUUAAAAAGAGAGAUAAUUGACAGAUUAAUUAAGAAGGAGUAGAGAAAGAAUAAUUCAAUUGGAAAGAGAAAAGGAAGAAUUUAAUAAUCUCUAAAGAAGCAGAGAGAGAGUUGAAGAGCUGAAGAAAAGUAGAGAAUAUUUAGAGGAACUUAAGAAAAGUAGAGAAAAAGUUGAAUAAUUAGAAGAGUUAAGAGAUAGUAGGGAAAGAUUGGAAGAUCUCAAAUAAAGUAGAGAAAGAUUGGAGUAACUCAAAAAUAGUAGAGUAAGAUUAGAACAACUCAAAAGUAGUGGAGAAAAAGUAUAGGAUUUAAAAAAUAGCAGUGAAUAACUAGAGGAUUUAAAAAGAAGUAGAGAAAUAUUAUAUGAGUUGAAAUCAAGUAGAGAGAGGUUAAAUCAAUUAGAAGAUUUGAAGAAAAGUAGGGAAAGGUUGGAAUAAAUAGAAGAAUUGAAAAAAAGCAGAGAAAGGCAGAUUUAGAUUGAAGAACUAAGGAAAAGUAGAGAACGUCUCGAAGAUCUUAGAAAAAGUAGAGAAAAGCUUAUGUAAUUGGAAUAAGAGAGGAAUAAUUAUGAUAAAAUGGAGGAGCUGAAAAAAUCUAGAGAGAGGAUUGAAGAGCUUUAAAAAUAAAGAAAAAGGAUGGAGGAAUAGAGAACUUAUUAGGAGAAGUUAGAAUAGCAAAAGAAAGAAAGAGCUGAAGUGGAUUUGAGAAGGAGCUAGGAAAAAUUAUCAGAGUUGAAAAAGAGUAGGGAGAGAGUCGAUUAAUUGGAAGCCUUAAGAAAGAGUAGAGAAUAGGAGCGUAAUAUAGAAGAGAUGAGAUAAAGUAGAGAAAGAAUAGAGUAGCUUAGGGAGUCUCAAUUGAGAGUUUAACAAUUAGAAAAUUAGCGAAGAAGCUUAGAGAGAAGUAGAUAAUUAGAGAAAAUAGAGAGAGAUUUAGAGUAUGAAAAGAAAAGAAGUUAGGAGAGAAUAUAGAGAUUAGAAUUGGAGGCUGAACUUGAAAGAAAAGAGAGAGAGAGAGCCUUAGAAGAGGAGAUCAAUUUUGUUUAGAGUCGAAUUUAUGAUACACCAAAGAGAAGAUAUUGAAAUAAAAUUUAACCC